AUGCGGAUGUGCUGUAAAGGCAAAAGCGAUACCACCCACUUUGAAAGCCAUGUAUGGCUAGUAUGGGCAGCCAAAAUUUGCCCUGGUUCAAGCAAAGCAAGUGUUUAUAUAGAUGUGACUUUUGCUGAGGAACUCAUGCCAAUGGUAAAAUCAUAUCAGCUUACUCCUACGUUCUACAGAGAAACAUGUCCAAAUCUGUUCCCUAUUGUGUUUGGAGUAAUCUUCGAUGCUUCUUUCACCGAUCCCCGAAUCGGGGCCAGUCUCAUGAGGCUUCAUUUUCAUGAUUGCUUUGUUCAAGGUUGUGAUGGAUCAGUUUUGCUGAACAACACUGAUACAAUAGAAAGCGAGCAAGAUGCACUUCCAAAUAUCAACUCAAUAAGAGGAUUGGACGUUGUCAAUGACAUCAAGACAGCGGUGGAAAAUAGUUGUCCAGACACAGUUUCUUGUGCUGAUAUUCUUGCUAUUGCAGCUGAAAUAGCUUCUGUUCUGGGAGGAGGUCCAGGAUGGCCAGUUCCAUUAGGAAGAAGGGACAGCUUAACAGCAAACCGAACCCUUGCAAAUCAAAACCUUCCAGCACCUUUCUUCAACCUCACUCAACUUAAAGCUUCCUUUGCUGUUCAAGGUCUCAACACCCUUGAUUUAGUUACACUCUCAGGUGGUCAUACGUUUGGAAGAGCUCGGUGCAGUACAUUCAUAAACCGAUUAUACAACUUCAGCAACACUGGAAACCCUGAUCCAACUCUGAACACAACAUACUUAGAAGUAUUGCGUGCAAGAUGCCCCCAGAAUGCAACUGGGGAUAACCUCACCAAUUUGGACCUGAGCACACCUGAUCAAUUUGACAACAGAUACUACUCCAAUCUUCUGCAGCUCAAUGGCUUACUUCAGAGUGACCAAGAACUUUUCUCCACUCCUGGUGCUGAUACCAUUCCCAUUGUCAAUAGCUUCAGCAGUAACCAGAAUACUUUCUUUUCCAACUUUAGAGUUUCAAUGAUAAAAAUGGGUAAUAUUGGAGUGCUGACUGGGGAUGAAGGAGAAAUUCGCUUGCAAUGUAAUUUUGUGAAUGGAGACUCGUUUGGAUUAGCUAGUGUGGCGUCCAAAGAUGCUAAACAAAAGCUUGUUGCUCAAUCUAAAUAAACCAAUAAUUAAUGGGGAUGUGCAUGCUAGCUAGCAUGUAAAGGCAAAUUAGGUUGUAAACCUCUUUGCUAGCUAUAUUGAAAUAAACCAAAGGAGUAGUGUGCAUGUCAAUUCGAUUUUGCCAUGUACCUCUUGGAAUAUUAUGUAAUAAUUAUUUGAAUCUCUUUAAGGUACUUAAUUAAUCAUAUAGUCCAUAUUUGUUGGAUGGCUAGAAAUCAAAUGAGAUUUUCUUCAC